AUGUUUGACUUUGACCAUCAGUUCAGAAGGAUAUCAAUGUUGGAUGGCAAAAGGAAGUCAGUAAAAAAUAUUCCUGUAACAUGGUCCCAGACUCCCCGCACGGCGUUUCUGCCGUGCACAGUGGCGGGGUUCUGGCGGGUCCACUUCCGCCGACCACCGCCCUUGAUCGACGAUGACCGCGCGAGGGCCAGGCUCUUCACGUGGAGGAAGGGCGACGAUGAGAUCAACCCAAAACGGGUGUCUCAAAAUGGAACGUUGGAGGUCCGAAGAAACAGUGGCGGUAGCGAGGGUGUGUACCAGUGUUCGGUGCGACACCACGGCCACGUGCUGGGAUAUCCAAUCAAUCUUAAAUUUUCAUAUAUGGAUGUCAGAUUCUCAAAAGAACCAGAAGACGUAACCGCUCGGUUAGGUCAGCCAUUAUCAAUCCCAUGUAAAAUUAGUUCAGGUCCAAGCGCAAUUUUAUCUUGGACAAGAAAUAACGUGGAAUUACCUAAAAAUGACAGAUAUUAUUUUCUGGAUAACGAGUUACUCAUCAUCGAUGUUCGAAGAGAAGAUGCUGGAGCUUACAGAUGCACAGCAAGUAACGUAAAUGCAAAUCGAAACCGUACCAGCCAUGAAGGCCUGGUGACGGUGAAAGAGUCGACUGCAGAAGAACCGUCACUGUUGACGAUACAGCAUAUUCAGAACAUUGCUGUCCCGAGGGAGAGUAGGGUUGUGUUACAUUGUCCUGUCCUCGGGUGGCCUAGACCUAAGUUGAUCUGGGAGCUGACUCCGCUUGGUGGAAGGGCGAGUGAGUUAGAGUUCGCACAAGAAGUUGUCGUCCUACCAAACCUGGAGUAUGACCAAGAGGGCUUAUAUGCGUGUUCUGUCGAGGGACACAGUGAUCUAUACAAGGUUUUCAAUGUAACAAUAACAGAACCAGUGAAGAUAACUCUACCACCAUUUUCUAAAGAAGCCAUGCGUGCGAGCACUGUUCGCUUCAACUGUACUGCCACUGGUCGGCCGGCACCUAACAUUACAUGGUAUAAAGAUGGAAACCACUUAGAGCUAGCUGGAAGAAUCAACCUACGCACCUCGGCAGACCGCAAGCGUAUUGAGUUGGUGAUAAGUGGAGUCACUUCUGAUGAUGCAGGUGUUUACCAAUGCUUAGCAUGGAACGGUGUCACCAUGGCUUCAGAAUGGGCUAGGCUGAACGUGACAGGUGCAGGAGCGGCAGCACCAGGUGCAGUGCAGUGCGCACCCACUGGUGUAUCCUCAGUGGAACUUCGCUGGGAACCUGCCGCUAAUGACGUUAUGGCUUAUACUGUUGACACUACUCCCACUGAUAAACGUGGAGUCAUCACAGGUCAGCCCCAUAAAAACACAGUAGAGAUCGUCAAAGUUAAACAACCAUUAACACCAUAUAUAUUUCAAGUUCGUGCCUACAUUUCAUCGUCUCCAACAAAGAACAUAGCUAGCGAUAUGUCAGAGAGUGUUAUAUGUCAGGGACAAGGGGUGCCAAUAAAGCUCACUAAGCUUGAAGACGACCGAGUGCUAAUAUCUUGGCAGACGUUCGCCGAACAAAUGCCAGGUGUAGUGCAGUGGAUGCUCCAGUACAAAUCGGAUAUGCAGAAUGGGAGCUAUGGGGACGAGCACAAUAUUACCCUCGAGGCAAAGGUCACCAAUUAUACGUUAACUGCUCCCAAGUCUUCACCACUGGUAGUGAGGCUGUUAGGUUCCAGAAGCUUAGAGUGGCUUCAGCAGAACCUAACCCUGGUGCCCUGGGUCUCUACCAACGCAGCUGGCCAGGAUAGCGAGGACGGGGUGAUUAACUUAGUACCUCAAGAUCUAGAAGUCACAGAUGUAAGCGAACGCAGCUUCACGCUGAAAUGGCAGUGUGAAGACGCUUCCGAAUACAUGUUUAUUGUUUGCUGGAGGAAAGUUGAUGGGAAUGAAGAUUGCCAAGAAAGCUACAAAACCUCUACAACAAUUGAAGGACUUCAGCCGGAUACUGAGUACGAAGUGCGAGUGCAGAUUCGACUCCCAACUUUCACAUUAGGCGGGGCCUUCUCUGCGCCCUACCAUAUUACCACACAACCCGAAGGCCCCCAUCGCUUCAAAGACCUGACCUACAAAUUCAUCAAUGAGACAACAUUACGCGUGUCCUGGAGCGGGGCACCGGCGACGUACACGGUACACCACAGCGCGCAGCUCAAGCUGCCCGUAGAGCAGUGGGCAGCCGUCAAUACUACUGGGAACACUGUAAUUAUUACCGACAUCGAGCCCAUAGAACAGACAUUUGUGAUGGUGACAGGGUACAACCCUAUCGAAUACAGUCCAAUAAUCAAUAUUCCUUCACCAGUUAAGGAACUGGAACCAAAAGACCUAAAGUACGUGUACACUAGCUCAGGAGUGUCUGUGUGGUGGCACGGGCCCGGCCUCAGGACGGUGCGGUACGCACAGAACAUCACUCAGCCGCUGGAUAACUGGAACAGUGUUAAUGUUUCCGAACCGAAAAUAGAGUUAAACAAUUUGGAUGCGAGACUCCCAUUGUACGUGAUGGUGACUCCUGUAAGUGGCGGCCGACGGCAGCACGUGCUGACCAUCCCUCCCCGACCUCCUGGAAUUAACGAUGAUCAUUAUUAUUAUUACAUUGGUCUGGGCGUGGGAUGUGGAGCAUGUGCGCUGUGUGCGCUCGCUGGUGGUGCGCUCUGUAUAUGGAGACGUAUGAAAGCAAGCCGCACACCAGACCGAUCCCGACGUCAGGUCGCGACGUCUGAAGGAGCAGAGGAAGAGGGGUCUGAGAUGAAGGUGGUGAGGGGGGUACGGGGUGCGCGGGUGGCCAACGGGGGCGCGGUGGCGGGCGGCAGGGGCGCGGGGCGCGCGGGGGGCGCGGGGGAGCCGUUGUUGAACGGACACGUGCAUAUUACUGAGAAUCCUGUUUCUAAAACUCCAAAUGGAAGAAUGAAGAAAGGCCGCCGCUACGAGCCACAAGCUUACGAGGCAUUCGACGUGUCACGUAACGACCACGACACGACCAUUGAAACUGUCCUCGAAGACACCACAUACAGCCUUCUAGACACCUCCCGACGACCUGAAUACGAUUUAUCGCGAUCCUCUCAAAAUCUUCCAGCCAAUAAUUCAUUUAAUAAGCUCCCAGACGAUAAUAUGAAUUCAGAAUUGACUAGAAGCACAUUUCAACUUGACAACAGCAAAAUUCAACCCACGCUCCAGCCUAACGGU